ACAAAAUGGCAGCCUCCAUGUGUUCAUGUUGCAGGCGAAUGUUUACAAGACAUCUGUUAAAAUACUGCAGAUAUCCAGCUGUUCUUACACCUUAUGCAGAACCUUGGUCUGUGGAUGCACUCCGAUAUUCUUCUGUCUCAGCCUCUCGGACAGAACGAGCAUCUACAAAACAUCUCGACACAUUACAAGAUGAUACCGACACCAUAGUCAUUCCUCGAAGGAAGAAACGUGAUUCCCUGUCAAUUCUGAAGGCUUUGGCGUCGACUGUUGGCACGGAUCACCAUGCUCCACACUACAAGUUCAUAGACGACCCAUAUCUUAUCCCCACCUCUAGCGCUCAGAAGAGAAACUUUGCCCUGUCGAAAGCCUCAGGGAAGAAGGCGGCACGCUACAUCAUUGACCAUUAUUCCGACUUCUUUCCAGAGGGUACUGAGAAACCUGUUAUCGAGGCGUACCGGUCAUCGGGGGAGGAGCAGUACACCCACCAGGAUGCCAGUGAGGACGCCCUGCUGGAGCGGAUCAACAAGAGGAAGGUUGCAUACGCCACAGAGGUCUACAGCAAGAUCAAACAGAACGGCUCGACCGUGUCGGAGCAGACUCAGCUGAAGCUGCUGGAUCUGCUGUGUGUCUACAACAGUGUGGACCCGCCCCCAGCCAUGCUCACUGACGAGUUCUUCUACCGCCGAGAUCUGGGCGUCGACGACCGCAGGCCCAUCAGGAAAGUCUGGAAUGACAAUGGCCUGGCUGAGCGGGUGUUUGAUGACCUCACUGAGAAACUGCCACGUGCCUAUAACAGCGUCGUGAAGGGAAGAGCAAAGUAUUUGCAGUGUGAGAAAGCCUUUGAUCUCUACCACUACAUGGUGGACAACAAAAUACCAGUGGAUGUUUCCACGUACAAUGCUUUGAUAAACAUCGCCUCCUACUACCAGGACAGCUAUGAUACCAAAUGGCAACAGACUGUGCAACUGAUGCAGGACAUGCAUGCGGCUGGCGUGCCACCGACCGUCGACACGUUCAACGCCGUGCUGUACACCCUGACCCGCAUCUCACAUUACAAGAUGGCACCGUCGUACGCAUGCCAGACUCUGGCCGAGAUGAGUCAGUGUGCAAUAGAACCAUCUCUGACCACCUGGAGACACAUUAUCUUCAUGUUUUACAACCAUGAUGAGAUUCAGUCGCCGAUGUUACAGAUCAUCAUUGAUUACCUCCAGAAGAAGGAAUUCAGACCACAAGACAGAGAAGACUAUGACUUUUUCUCCAUAGCUAUGACCAAGUGUUUCAUCAACCUCCACGACAUGGAGCUGGCGAUGAAACUUGAUGCGGUUCUCAACACUGGAGACAACAUCGCCCUGCUUGGAGACGCAUUCCGGGAGUCUAUAUAUUAUUCGUUUUUCUUUCGUCUGAUCUGUAUGUUUGAAACAAUUGACAAAAUUAUGGACUACUACGAGAAGUUUGUGCCGCACAUUUGGACGCCCAACCUGAAAUCUCUGACUGAUCUGCUGAAGGCGGUCGAGCUUCACGAUGGAUACAAGUAUUUACCACAGAUCUGGUCAGACCUCAUUCUCUUUGACUACUUGAAGAAAGACUUUGUGCUUGGGCCGUUGCUGUCACUGAUGGCGAAGAAGCCACAGACCGAGGAGCUGCAGAAUAAAUUUGGCGAUAUUGCUGAGUAUGUCGUUACAAAAUGGCAGGAGGACCAGGAUGGGGGAGUUAACAACCCAAUGGAACUGUCGGGGGUUGCCGUGGGUGAUCUCAUCAUUGUUGCACUAUAUGCCAAGAGAUUUGAUCUGGCUUGGAAAAUAUUUUUGAAGUACAGAGAACAUGGUCGAUUGUUUUCUGGAAUUAUCAGUGAGAAAUCGUUGGUGAAACUUGUAGAUGGGUGUAUUAACGAGGGAGAUGCAGAGAAAGCCAUAAUGUGCCUCUCCAUGAUUCACGAUCUGUCGUUUGCCAGCGUCGUGGAAACCAAGGAGAAAGUUCAGUCUCAGAUGACACUCACAGACUUACAGAAAGAACACCUGACUGUUGUGACUGGUUGAAGUUAAACGUUCUACGAAGAUGCCCCAGUGUGUGUGUUAAUAACAAUAGGAUGCUGAAUGCCAGCAUUUCAAGUGUUUGCGUGUUAAUCUGUGUACAAAUCCAGUGUUAACACAAACAACUUGUUUUUCUCACUUUAACAAAUCAACAGGUUUUACUUUUCAACAUCUGUGUCAAGUUUUGUGUUUAGGUCAGUGUUAACUUGUAAGUACUAGACCAAUCAAACUUGGUUUAUACUUGCAUCUUGAUCUAUGAAUGUUCAUCUUGAUGCCAAUUAAACAAAUAAAUUUUUUUAAAGAAUUUAUUUCUUUUUUUCUUUUAAAGAACUAUUAAUCCUGAAUGUCACAUGAUAAUUUAUUUCUUUAUUUACCCAGUCAGUGUAUGUUACAGUGAAACCUAUCUAAACUGGGUCUCGCUGGGGACCUAAGAUUUAUCCAGUUUAGAUAGGAUCCGGUGUUUAGAAGGUCGUGUUUUAGAAUAUAAAGUUAUUUCCCUUGACCUCGAAUUCGUGACUGAAUGAACAUGUCCGAUAAUGACCAAUAAUUGUGACUGUCGGAGCGACAAGGACUAAUAAUGUUGCUAUAUCCCAAUUUUGUUACAUAUCUUUCUUAUUUAUGAACCGACAUUAAAACAUCAAAAACAGUAAUUCCACAUGUCUACCUCUAGCCUGAUGGCUAGAGACCUUUUGUUUUUAUAUUUUUUUCAAAAUUCAGUGUGUGUAUCAUCUCAUUUCUAUCCCAGAAAAUAUUUUUUUUUAAAUUGUUUGUAUUUAGUGUAUAAAAUACAAAUUAAUUCACUCUAAUUUUAGUUGUUUGUACUAUUUUACUCUCAGUGUGUCAGUAUUAUCAAAGUGCAUUAUCCAAAAAUCAAAUGUGGCAACUCUUGUGCGAGUAUCUGAGAUUUGUCAGAAGCUGAAAAGAAUUUGCACUGCACCAGACAGGACAAUUGAAAACAAUCGAGCAUUAAUUACUCUGAUGUCUGCUAAGCUGAAUUGCGACUGCUGUAAUUGGUGACCCAUAACAUAACACCUGAUUCUAGACAGCAAAAAUUCGGGUCUGUAUUGUUUUCUGGAAGUCGUGUUUUUCGUUUACACUACGUCGGUUUGUUCAGGUUAAUUUAUUAGGGAUUUUACAUUUAUGAACCAAAAAUCAGUCAGGUUUCCAGAAUUGACAGGUUUUGGUUUAAGUAAGAAAAUUCAGGACCAUAAAAUUUGGCCAGUUUUGACAUGAUUUCUGUAUUAACAGGGUCCGGUUCAGACAGGUUUCACUGAAGAUGAAUAUUAAUGAAUUUUAAUUAUGCCUGUCUGGAUUGAAAGGUGUGAUACCUAUUUAGAAAUAAGAUCUAUACCAUUAUAAGUAAACUUUUUAAGGUAAUUUGCCAGCAUUCCAUACAAUUUUAAAUCCAUUCUACAUGUACUUUGAGAACUUUUUUUUUAAAUGCUGAAAUUAAAUAAAACGCUUAAAAAUCAAUUGCACUUUUUCAAGCAGUAAUGAAAUUUGUCUUAAUAAUCCACACUGGUACUAAAACACAUACCCACCAUGGUUAAGAACUGAACAGUGUAUGUAGGUGCCAAACCGAUCUAUAUGACAAACCACUCCUAUUUCACUUGUUUUUGACAAUAUUCAAUAAAUUAAAAAUGGCUUUUCUGAAAAAUGUACAUGUAACUGCAAUAUUUACUUUUUGAAAAUAUAAAAAAUAAUUUGCCUUCAGGUAUUAAAAAAAAUCUGUUUUGUGCAGGCUAAAUAUUUAUAUGAAAAGUCAUUAGCCAUUAUUAUUAUCAGUCAGUAUUAAUUUAAACUAGUAACAUUGUUAAUCCAUGUAUAGACAGAAUUUGUAACAAAAACAACUUCGUUGUGGAUUUUUGUUUUAGCAAUAAAAAUUAAAAUGC